UGACACUGGCUUGGCUGGACACACUAUGGCCGAUUUCAUCACUUCCUCCUUUGGCGGCUUGCGCUUGCCGGCCAAUGGCCACGCCCCACCGCCAGCCAUGGGCCUGGAGGCCCACAGCCUGCCCGUGAGCGGCACCCCGCCCGACGAGGAUGAUCUGGAUCCGCCUAGUAGUCAUGAGGUCAUGUUGGUGGCGCCCGAUGAGAAAGAGUGGUAUCACGGUCGCAUGGAUCGCCAUCAAUCCGAGGAUCGUUUGCGGGCCACCAACGAGUACGGCUCCUAUUUGAUCCGCGAAUCUGACCGCAAACCCGGUUCGUACGUGCUAUCCUACUACGGCCGAACUGGGAUCCACCAUUUCCGGAUCACGGCCGUUUGUGGCGAUUACUACAUCGGGGGUCGUCAAUUCGAUUCGCUCCAAGAUCUGAUCGGUUAUUACACGUACAAAUCGGAUUUACUCAAGGGCGAACGACUCAAGCAUCCCGUGCCUCCGCCGGAACCCGUCAAUGAUAAGAAACGGAUGAUGGCUAUCCUUCCGUAUACGAAAAUGCCCGACACGGACGAAUUAACAUUUCAAAAAGGCGACAUCUUCUUCAUCCACAACGACUUGGGCGACGGCUGGCUGUGGGUCACGGCCCAUCGAACCGGCGAACAAGGGUUGGUAUUUCGAGAUCUGUUGACCAAUUUGGACGAUGCCAUCGACCCUAAUGCCGUGUUCCCGUGGUUUCACCGAAACCUGACGAAACAUGAUGCGGUCGAGUUGUUGGUCCGGGGUGGGCCGGGCAGUUUCCUGGUGCGUCCGAGUGAUAAUUCGCCAGGAGAUUACUCGCUUUUCUUUCACAUCAACAAUCAAAUCCAGCGUUUCCGCAUCGAAAAAAAGGGAGUGCGUUAUGUGAUGGGUGGACGCACUUUCGAAUGUCUAGAAGCUGUGAUUAAUCGCUACAAAACGGAACAGAUCGUGGAAGGCCACACCUUGGGACAUUACAUCAAGCGGCAAGCUUCGGAUGACGAUAAUGCUCUUCCGACCCGCCAUGAGGAGCCAGAGGAAUCUGCGGCCGAACGGAUCUACGCUACACUGAGAGAAUGCCGUGAACAGGCGGAUCCCAAGAAGCAGAAAGGGGUCAAGAUGCAAGGCUACUUGCUCAAAAAGAAAGAGAAGGCUGGCAAAUGGAAGCAGCUCUUCUUCCUGCUCAAACAAGAUGGGACCGACUCACAUUUGUAUUUUUAUGAAAAUCCCAAGCGGACCAAACCCAAGGGAAUGAUCGAUCUAAGCUGCGCUUACUUUUACCACGUCCAUGACAGCUUCUUUGAGAAGAAGUUCUGCUUCCAAUUGGUAGAAAAGGCCCUCCCCUGCUUGGCCACCGUUACCUACAUGGCCAGCGAGGAUGCUGGAGAAUUCGAGGAUUGGAUAUCAACUCUGAAACCCAUGUGCAUUCCACAAAUGGCUCGGGCUCCGAAGGUAGCCAAACUCCGCGAAGUUCGUUCACUCACGUUGACCAUUUCUGAAGCCCACCGUCUCCCAAUCAAACUCGUCCCCAAUCCCUAUUGCGUGAUCUCGCUGAACCAGGUGAAAGUGGCCCGAACGAAGAUCAAUUCGGGUCAAGACCCUGUAUUUGACGAGGUCUUUGAAUUAGAGGACAUUCCCUCAGAUGUGAUCACUCUCACCAUAGCCGUGAUGAAUAAGGGCAAGAGAGCCAAGGACGCCGAGGUGGCUGAACUUACUGUCGAACUUCAAAGCCUACAGAGUGGACAAGAGAAGGAGGAAUGGUUUUCGCUCACAGGAGUCACGCCUAUCGGGGAGUGGGGCUCCUUAAGGUUGAAACUUCGAUAUCUCCACGAUUUGAUCAUGCCAGAGGAGGAAUAUUCUCCGUUGAAAGAUCUGGUUCUAGAUUCCAAAUUGGAAGUAGUGAGAGCUCUAGCAGAUAUUUGCCAUUCCGAUCGUACACCACUUGCGUCAUCGUUGUUGCGAAUUUUCCGGUUCGAUAAACGUGAGGCUGAUUUGUUAUCCACUCUGAAUCGCCUGGAGGUGGAACGAGAGGAGGAGACUUCCACUUUGCUCCGAAGCGCCAGCCUAACCACGACACUCAUGGAUCUCUACAUGCGAUCUGUUUGCAAUGAUUUCCUCACCAGUGCUAUCUUUCCCACCAUUCAUCGAAUUAUCGAAUCCCGCCAAUCGUGUGAACUCAACCCCAAUAAGAUUGAAUCUCCGACAGAAGCGUGCGCCAACGCUGAGUUCCUUCUGCAAGUGCUCGAUGACAUUACUGAAUCCAUUUUCAUGUCGUCGGAAGCUUGUCCACGCACUCUUCGAUACAUUUGUUAUUGUCUUCAGAGAAACACUAUGGCCAAAUGGCCCAACGAACGAUUAGUGAAAACUCGUGCAGUGUCCGGAUUCAUCUUUCUACGUCUUCUUUGUCCAGCCAUUCUCCAUCCGAGACAUUUCAAUCUAAUCUCGGACCCUCCUCCACCGGCAGCCACACGAUCACUGGUCAUGAUUGCCAAGUGCCUUCAAAAUCUGGCCAAUCUGGUCGAGUUUGGUGUCAAGGAGUCGUACAUGGAAGUGGUCAAUCCCUUCAUUUUCAAAAACAAGGAGCGAAUGGUGGUUUUCCUGGAUCAUUUGAGUUCUGUGCGUGAAAAACCAUUUCCGGACGAGGAACGAGUAAAGGGCAAUGCUGCCCUUGAUUUGGCCACAAUUCAUCACAUUUGCGAGGCGAAUCUCAAGGAACUUCAGAGCAUGGCCAAAAAUAAAGGCUCCCUUAAAACUUUAGUGACCGUGACGGAGAUGCUUUCCAAGCAUAAACAGAAAUAUACCGAGAUGAUUCAAAAUUCUUCGACCAACGCCUCCAAUACUCUUAAUGCACUCGCGUAAUCAUGGCCAAAUCAUGCUCAUAUUUUUUUCAUUUUUGUCAUCAGCACCGAUUCUGAUGACAACGUGCUUUUUCUUCCGUUUUGAUCAAAAUGUCCAAGUGCUACUCAAAAAAAAGUGAGAUGGAAACGACAAUUUUGUUCUACUCUGCUGUCUUGGUGAGGAAUAACAAUACGAUCUAGUCAAUGUGGCUCUCCAAGAAUUGACGACCGAUAAUGAUGAAGCUGAAGCAACAGACCUAUGAUAUUACAGCUCAACAACCAACCAUUGUUUGUCCACAUCAUCAGAUUAUCCAUUGGGCGCCACGUUUUGUAUUCGUAAGUCGUUGAUAAUUGAUAAUUAUCACUACCUUCCUCCAUUAUUUCGUUCAUACUUUUAUACCACCAUAAUCUCUAGAUUUGUGUAAUAUUGUGUACACCCCUCUCUAGCUCUAUCUUUGUCUAUUACCCCGAGAUUUCGUUGUUAUUUUUCCAAUUUUAAUAAGCUUCUUGUAUGGUUCCACUACCACAUCAAAAAUCCAUUACCUAAUUACUCUAAGAAAUACAAGCAAUGAUAUUCAAAAAUAA